GCCACAGUGAGGCAGCAUCUCUCUGUCCCUGUUUGUGCCCUGCGUGCCAGCUGAGAGCUCUCCCGGGCAGCCAUGGCCGCAGCGGGCAGGGACAGGGUCGCUCACUUGCUGAGGCAGCUGCAGCGCGCGGCGUGCCAGUGUCCAAUUCAUUCUCAUACUUACUCCCAAGCUCCUGGACUUCCUGCCUCUGAGAAAACAACAGAGUAUGCAUUUGAGAUGGCAGUUUCAAAUAUUAGAUACGGGGCAGGUGUGACAAAAGAAGUGGGCAUGGACCUUCAGAAUAUGGGUGCUAAAAAUGUUUGUUUGAUGACAGAUAAGAACCUUUCCCAGCUGCCCCCAGUGGAAGCAGUCAUGAAUUCCUUAACAAAGAAUGGCAUAAACUUCAAAGUUUAUGAUAAAGUGAGGGUAGAACCAACUGAUAAAAGCUUCAUGGACGCUAUUGACUUUGCCAAAAGAGGAGCAUUUGAUGCCUAUGUUGCUGUGGGUGGUGGCUCUACCAUAGACACUUGUAAAGCUGCCAACCUGUAUGCAUCCAGCCCUGAUGGUGAUUUCUUGGAUUAUGUCAAUGCUCCCAUUGGAAAAGGAAAACCUGUCACUGUGACUCUUAAGCCACUGAUUGCAGUCCCAACUACAGCUGGAACUGGGAGUGAGACUACAGGGGUUGCCAUUUUUGACUAUGAGCACUUAAAAGUAAAAACUGGUAUUGCCUCUAGAGCUAUCAAACCUACCCUAGGAAUAAUUGAUCCUUUGCACACUCUUCACAUGCCCCCACGGGUGGUAGCUAACAGUGGUUUUGAUGUACUUUGCCAUGCGUUGGAAUCAUACACAGCCCUUCCUUACCACAUGCGAAGCCCUUGCCCUUUAAAUCCAAUCAAUCGACCAGCUUACCAGGGCAGCAACCCUGUAAGUGAUGUCUGGGCCAUACAUGCACUUCAAAUUGUCGCCAAGUAUCUGAAGAGAGCUGUCAGAAAUCCUGAUGACCUUGAGGCAAGGUCCAGCAUGCACUUGGCCAGUGCUUUUGCUGGUAUUGGCUUUGGAAAUGCUGGAGUUCAUCUCUGCCACGGAAUGUCUUACCCAAUUUCUGGUUUGGUGAAGACAUAUAAAGCAAAGGAUUAUAAUGUGGACCAUUCUUUGGUGCCACAUGGCCUUUCUGUGGUACUCACCUCCCCGGCAGUGUUUACUUUCACGGCACAAAUGUUUCCUGAGCGGCACUUAGAGACUGCAGAAAUUCUGGGAGCCGACAUCCGUAAUGCCAAAAUCAAAGACGCUGGGCUUAUUUUGGCCGACACGCUCCGGAAAUUUUUAUUUGAUCUGAAUGUCGAUGAUGGCUUAGCCGCCAUUGGUUAUUCCAAAGCUGAUAUCCCCGCGCUCGUCAAAGGCACGCUGCCUCAGGAAAGAGUAACUAAACUUUCGCCACGCCCGCAGUCAGAAGAAGAUUUGUCAGCUCUGUUUGAGGCUUCAAUGAAACUGUACUAAUUUACACGCGAACCCCAAGAAUUACCAUCAGCUGAACCAGUUCAGAAGACAGAAGCUGCCUUGCCAAGAUCUUGAACUUGUCUCACUUACGGAUCAUCUCCCUGGUGCUAGCACACCUGGCAAUAACGUCUUCAAUGGAUAGAUCUUGUCUGAGGAGGCUUCCUUGGAUUCGCCUCCACCCCCCGGGUCAGGUUCCCUCCACAAAGCAGUCUAGGAAAACUCCCCCAAAGCCUUUGCUUCCUCAUCGGCGCUGGCCCUCCGGAGUGGCCCCCUCCUGUCUCCUCCACUGACACCAAAAAGUAUGUGCCAGAUGACAUGGGGAGAAAUUUGGGAUUUUUUUUUUGAGUUUUUAGUUAUUCAUUUUUGUUGUUGUUUUUGAAGUAUGGCAUAGGAGUUUUCUUUUUUGAGGAAACAGUUACAUAAAACAGGAGCCAUCUAAGCAAGAAGAGGCAAAGGAUAAAAAGGAGAGUCUCCUUUCUCCCCCCCUUCCCCUUCCUUCUUCCCUUUCACCUUCUCUUUUCCCUCUUUCUUGCCUCCCAUAAUCCUGCUAGUCUUUUGUUUUCCUUCCCUCCCAUGACUUUUGUUACCUGCAGUCUGAGCCAGGUACAAACUCUUGUGUUUGUCACAUUAAAAAAUACAAGCCGAAUGGCUCAUAUGAUGAAAUCCAUCAGAUUUUAUCUCCCAAUUUUUAAAAAAAAAUCAAGAUAUUCAUUAUUUUUUAGAGCCACCUAAUAAGUUGAGGAGCACUAGAAUAUGGAAAAGAGGGGAGGGCCCCAUGAAGUUAUUCUUUUAUGUCUGGCACAUCUUGGUUCAUGCAAAAUUCCAGGAAUGCUAAAAUUGAACAAGAUCAAAUGAAAUCAAAAGAAAGCAAUAUGAAGGCUACUGAUGCUCCAGUGUAGGUGUUCUUAACCUUUUUUCUACCAUGGACCCUUUUGGUUUUCUGGUGAACCCCAUAGACCCCUUCUCAGGCUAACCUUUUUGAAUUCAUAAAAUAAAUACAUAGGAUUAUAAAGAAAAGCAAUUAUAGAAAUAUAGCUAACAAUACAUUUAUUAAAAACAAAUUCAGAGAUCACAGGUUAAGAAGCCCUAAGCUAGUGAACAGAAUGUUCUUUGAGAGGAACAUUUAAUUCACCCAUGGAAGCAAAAGGUCAUAAAAUGCCUCUUUGGUCAAGAAUAAGUUAAUUGAAAGAGGAGCAGUUGAAGCAGAGCCCUGUACCAUAUACAGAUUUGCAGAUAAGAAUUCAGAAUAUCUAGCAAUUAUUCCCCUUAGUCACAACUAGCCUAGAAAAACUUCUUCAACCUUUUUUCUCCUUGGCUAGGGUCUUAGCAGUGAUUCAUGUAAUGGCAUCAGUGAUCUUGGUACUAUGAAUCAUAUUUUUUUUUAUUUUAUUAACAUCUCGAAAUGUGCAUAUGUGACUAAAUAAUGUACACAUGAAUAUUACAUGCUAAGAAAAAUAAGGGAAGGCGAUAUCACUGUUCCUCUCAAUGGCUACACUACUCUAAUUUCUUCUAGAGUCUGUAGCCUUAAGGUAAUUGAAUGGCUAUUGUCUAUCUAAUGUAGAAUCAGGCCCACUAUUCUUUAAUAAGGUUUUAAUUACAGGACAGUCAAGCCAAAUUUCACUUAGGCUUUAGAAAGGAACAAGAAGGCCUCAAUAUCCCAAGCUAGGCCACUUUAUGGUUAAAAUAUCCUCUUAACUAACUUCUCAAGUUCUAAUGCUGCCAGAUCAGAAUGAGCACAGGAGAGAAAUUUAUGUCUUCUCCACCAAUCUGAAAGGAGGUCAGAAAACCUCUGUAAAGCUUGACCAGAAUGUCUCAAAAUACAGCUGCCAUGGCAAAAACUACAAAUGACUGACAUAUUUGAAAUCCUCCACAGUGAUUAAAAACAAAGUUCAAGUAGCUAAUUGAGAUAUACUAGUGUAUUUAAGAAGUCAAAUAAUAUAAAAGAAAUGACAAUAGACUAGAAUUCAGGAAACCUAGAGUCUAACGUCAGCUCAGCCACCUUGGACAAAUCAUUUGGCACCUACUCACCUGAAUUUCCACAAUAUAAAUCAAAGAUGGUGAACUAAAUGAUCUUUGAGGUUCCAUCUUGUCUAAAAAUAUAGUAUGAUUCACUGCUUCUAAUAGACAGGUAUGUUCUGGUCACCAAAGUGAAGUUUUGAAUUCAGAAAAAUCAUAUGAAAAAUAUCUGAGAACUAAAAAUACUAAAUUUUCUUUUUUGAACAUUCACUGCCUUUACUAAGAGUAGCCAGAUGUCUAAAUGUGAAUCACAAGUAACUGUGCUUGGCAGUCACAUCAAUGGAGGAGAAUUUAAAGGUUAGGAUUAAAGAAACAGAUUUAGGAAAUCACAAUUUCUUAUUUUAAUUCUUUUCAUUUAAGAAUAUGAAAAUGUCGAUUCUUUUUGUAGCCAAGAAGAGUGAGAUGUAGGAUCAACUCAAAUUCUAUAAGGUAUCUCUCUUUUUGUAGAAGAGUUGAAUUUCAGUGAAAAUUGUUUUCAAAGUGAAUUUCUGUGAAAUCAUGUCCAUUUUUUCCAUUGACUCCCAUUGUAAAAUGAAAGCUGCAUUUUCUUGGGGAAAAAUGACCCUGAAAGACUGAGUUGAAAAUUUGUAGUUCAAACAGUAGUCAGCUCUAUGCAUGCUACAGUGGUGAAAAUGCAUUGACAAUACAGUGCCAACUGGGAAUUAUAUCCCCUACUUGAAGUUUUCCUUCCUCUUGCACCAUUUUUGUCAUAUUUUAACAAUUUUUUUAGUCAUGGAUCUCCUCUCUGCCAUUAGUCCUAUUUCCUCCCUCAGCUUUCUUUGCCUACCACAUAUUCAUGCUUAAUGAAUGUUUAUUGAAUUUGAAUUGAAUAAGUCAAAUUAAGGAUCUAUUCUGUAUCUGGAAGAUCCUUGACUAUCUUUGGAGUUCCUAGAAUUUUGACCCCUUCUUUUGGGUAUUUAUGAUAUGUAUAUCAUGGCAAUGUUACCUAAUGCAUAACAGAUAGGACUCUAGUUUGAAAAUUCCCCAAGUUUGAAGUUUCAGAUUUUGUAAAAUAUGAAUUGCAAAUUUUUCAAUUCCAUAAAUUUGAAAUGUUAUCUAUCAAGUUCACUUGGGACAAGGUAUAUUUAAGGUCACCAGUUCACAGAAGUAAGAAUUAUAGUUUCUUCUCUUGAUUUACAUACAUUUUUAUUCUCUAACCAAAGUUGUAACCAGUUAAUCAUUUUUCUUUCCUUCUGUUUUCAUUUUUUAAAUGAAGAUCUAGCAUGCUAAAAAUAUUCAAUGAAAGAUUUUAUUCAUGUCUGGUUUUAUCAUGUAAUAUAAUUAAGAACAGAGUAAUUUCUUCCAAGCCUCUCCUUAAAAUAAAAAAAAAAAGCUGUUUUAUAUUAAAAUUGAGUCCUUA